AUGGCAACGGACGGCAUACGACAGUGGUGUAGCAACUUGAUGGCAACAUUGAAGAUGCCAGAGCCAAGGCCAAGGAAUCCAAGAUAUGACCCUGGCCAGCUAGGCGAAGACAGCGAAGAUGAUGAACAAGCACAGCUCAACCGACAGAGCCUCAAGCGGUGCGAAUAUGAGACUGGUGAUGAAAAGCCCUCGGCAAAGAGACGCUUCUGGCCGUGGAUAUUGUUGUUGCUAGCAGCAGUUACUGGAACGGCACUUCUCACUCACAUCUUGACUCGUCGCUCCGUCUGCCAUGUCCCUCCCACAAGACAUCAGUCAUCCCACUCCCCAUCCACACAUCAUGGACACGGACAUAGUGCAGACACCAAACCGAGCCAUAAAGGCGAAGUGAAGGAGUGCGGAACUUCGCCCGAGGAGGCUCAAGCCAGAGGCUGUGUGUUUGAACAACAGUUACCUGCCUGGGUUCCCAGAGCCUGCGCGUUUCCAGACGUUGUCGAGGAGUACAAGGACAACUUUGGAGACAUGAUGACCGACUGGACUUGGUACUGGGACCGCAACACCACCAUGCAAGUUCCUCCGGAGGCAGUGCCGGAUUUGCAGGCGGGCAACUUUUCGGUGAUCUAUACCAAGUACCAGACUUCUCACGAUUUGCAUUGUCUCUACUGCUCUCGUAAGAUUAUAUAUGCGCUGAGCAAGGGGAUCAACAUGAUGGAUGCCCGGUGUCACCAGUUCUAUCAUGGAGCGCAUUGCGUACAACAUAUUGGAAAUUCUUUGAUCAUGGCUGAGAGAGGAGAAAAGAAAAAGAUGCAGACUUGGGUUUAUCCACUCAUGUAUCAUAACUGUGUGCCACUGACUUCCACUCAAGAGUCGUGA